AUGGCUUGCGAGGCAGAAAAUACCGUCGGAAAGGCAGGCCUAGGGAGCAAAGGAGAAGAUAUCAAAAAAGAGCAAAUCCCAGGAUCGAACCAGCAGAUCAGCAAGAAAAGUAGUAUUGAGCGCCAUACCCAAGAGGCGCACCACACACAGAAGGCAAGUAUACGCCAUCGAUGCUCUUACCACAGGCCCAGGAAGGGACAGCAGAUCGAGAACGAAGGAAGAGCGCAGAAGACGACGAAGGAGAAGCUCGAGCUCAUCAAGCAGUCCCGAGGGAUGGCGAACCAGACCGAUACAACCGAGAAAUCCAACCGAUGGGCCAGAGGGAGACAAGAUGUCAUCGUUUUCGGAUGA